AUGCCUUCGUUCCAUCCACCUCGAAAUUCCCUCACACGUCUCCGCCAAGUUUGUAGACCUACCUCUCUUCAAAUCCGACCAUUCACCUCGUCCACUUCCGAUCUUUCACCAUCCUCAUUCCCUAACAUGUCUACGAAGGCGACAGAACAAGGUAAACUCAAAGUAUCUCUCAGGGGUCCGGCGAUACUGAACAAUCCAAGGUUCAAUAAGGGGAGUGCAUUCACGAGGGAUGAGAGAGAUGAGCUGGGAUUAAGAGGGAGAUUACCAUUUGCAGUCGAUACGUUGGAAGAACAAGUCGAAAGAGCCUAUAUGCAAUAUAAAUCUAGAGAAACUAACAUCCUCAAAAACUCAUUCCUGGCAUCUAUGAAAUCCCAGAAUUGGACAUUAUACUAUGCUCUCCUUUCAAAAUAUCUAAUCGAGAUGUUCCCCAUAGUCUACACGCCCACAGAGGCAGAUGCGAUCUCAGACUAUUCUCACUUGUUUAGAAGGAGCGAAGGACUUUAUCUGAGUCCACCGGAAUUUGAGAAGAUGGAGGAAGACUUUCUGGAUGCUUGUGAAGGUAGAGAUCUAGAUUUGAUCGUGGUUUCCGAUGGUGAAGCGAUAUUAGGAAUAGGAGAUCAGGGCUCAGGCGGGAUAGGUAUAUCAUCGGCUAAAGCUGUGAUAUACACCCUUGCAGCUGGAGUAGAUCCAGCAAAAGCUUUAGCGGUCACUUUGGAUGUAGGCACGAAUAAUGAAGAUUUACUCAAGGAUGAUUUAUAUAUUGGCUAUAGGGAGAAAAGACUACGCGGCGAGAAAUACGAUGAGUUUGUAGAUAAGUUUGUCGGACUGGUGAAAAAGCAUCAACCGAGAUGUUUACUACAUUUUGAAGAUUUCGGAGUAACCAACGCUCAGAGAUUGUUAGCGAGAUACAGAGACCAGCAUACUGUGUUCAAUGAUGAUAUACAAGGUACAGGAGCGGUCACUCUGGCAGCGUUACAAGCUGCUAUUGCUGUGACCAAGACCAAGCUUUCUGAUCAGCGUAUCAUCAUAUAUGGAUCCGGCUCAGCAGGAUUAGGUAUCGCAAGACAGCUUCGGGAUGCUAUCGUACUGGAAUCUUCAGAUGAGAAAAAGGUGGACUCCAAGAAAGCCUCAAGUCAGUUCUGGCUGAUGGACAAGCACGGAUUGAUCAAGAAGUCACUAGGGAACGAUAAAAUACGAGACGAGAUUGAAGAUGAUUUCAUCCGCACGGAGGAAGAGUGGGGCUCAGGCGAUGAGGAGAAUGGAUUGUUAGAGGUGGCUAAGAAAGUAAAACCGACGGUAUUGAUUGGCACUUCUACCCAUGCUGGAGCAUUCACCGAGGAAGUGGUGAAGGAGAUGAGCAAGCAUGUCGAUAGACCUAUCAUUUUCCCACUUAGCAAUCCGACUAAGAAAUGCGAAGCAGACCCCAAAGAUCUUAAUCAAUGGACUGACGGUAAAGCUCUGAUGGCGACUGGUUCGCCAUUCGAUCCUGUGGAUGUACCAGGGAAGAAGAAGAAGUAUGUCGUGGCGGAGUGCAACAAUGCCCUCAUAUACCCCGGACUGGGCCUCGGAGCCAUCAUCUCCCGCUCUUCCAAAAUGACCGACUCGAUGAUCGUAGCAGGGUCCAAGAGAUUAGCCGAACUCGCCCCGGCGAUACUCAAGAAUGAUCCCGACGAAUCACUAUUACCUGAUUUUGGCGAUGCUCCGAAAGUCAAUUUUGAAGUCGCGCUAUCGGUUAUCAAAGCUGCUCAAGCAGAUAAACUAGCGAGAGAAGAGGGUAUACCGAAGGACGAAGAUGGGAUGAGGAAAUGGGCUGAAGAGAAGAGUUGGAAAGCUGAGUAUAGGGGAUAUGAGUAUGAUCCUGAGGGAUUGAGGUGA